AUUUCAGCUAUAGCUGAGGUGUACUUUGAUGAAGGAUACAAAGAAUUUAAGAAAGGAGAAUUCCACAACGCUGUGUAUUUCUACACGGAAGGAAUUAAAGUGAAAUGCAAGGAUGACGAGCUAAAUUCAAAGCUGUACUUGAACAGGGCGGCAGCAUUAUAUAAACAAAUGGGUAAGAUUUGUGUACGUUUUCUCGUUAUAUUUCUACUUUACCUAAUGAAACAAAAUAUGUUUAUAAUAUGUAAACAGUAAACUGCCGCUUAUGAGCGCUGGGCUUUAGUAGAAGGUUAGUUAAAGGUUCAUUCAGUCAAGCAGCGGUAGUUAUCAAGACUAGGAAAGUAAAUUAAAGACUGUACAUAUUGCCGGUCUUCAUGCAAACCCUUCUGACCACGCCAGGCGUAGUUACGGUGUUUCGUAGGUCAAAACACUUCCCAGAAUCUAAAGCACGCCCAACAAUCCAAAAAACCUUCCCAGAAAUUGAAUGGCGAGAGAUGUUUGCAUUAUGGAAGGUGUUUUGGAUUCUGGAAAGGGUUUUUUCCCUACAAGCCAUUGUAACCGGUUCUUCACAUCUUAGGCAGCGCACCAAGGUACAACCUUUUUGGUCGCCAAGGCGAGUAGAAAACAUUUUGGCGACUAAAAUUGCAGCGAACGUUUGCGACCCGCGUUCGACGGUCAUGUGCCAAGCCACAGUGUUUAUGGUCUUUCUAUGAAAAGUUUGAGUGAGAAAAACAUUUAGAUUAAAAAAAUUACGGUCUAUUUUUUAUAUAAAUUACUUCUUUCACUCCAUUUUUCCGGUUACUUUAUCAAGCCGUGAGAUUUCGCAUGCACAUACUUCCGAAGAUGGGUCGUUUCACUCGUCGAUUUCUUUUUUCGCCCUCCGAUUUUUUUUCUCUUUUGUUCCCCCAAUGUCGAGCCCGCUCCCAGGCUAAGACGUUACUAACCGCGGUUAAAUUACGUCUGCGACGCAGGUUACCAUGGCGACAAAUGUUGCAACUGUUAACAUUUCACAUAGAUCAUUCUCUCUAGCUUUUCAUCGACCGCCAUAAAUUUCUUGUCAUGCUGAACGAACACUUAAGAGCGACUGUCAGGAAAUAUCAAGCAUUGGGUGUUGAAAAAUACUUUUCUUUCAUUUUUUGUUUUGUCCAUAGAUAGCUUUUAGGUAAAAAAAAAAAAAACGCGAUAUCGAUUGUUCCUGCCAAAAGCCUUUUAUCCGUCACGGUUUUAUUUGGGAGAAAAAUUAGAAUAUUGCUUUUUGAGGUCGGAGUCUCAAAAUUGCGUAAUUUUUAACCUGGAAUUCGCUAACUUCAACUUUCCUCGCGUUCGAAAACAAAGCUGCACGGAGAAAUUUGGACACUUCCCGUCAACAGAACAACUCUUUUUCUUUCACUAAAAGAUGCUUUCAGGAAAAUAGCGAGACUCGUGGAACUGAAAUAAUUCCAAAAUGAGGAACAGGUUUUCACGAUAACAAAAAGUCUAUUACUCAUUUUCGACGGCAAUAUUUAACGUGUGAUAUAACUACAAAAUUUCUUCAUCCUAGUUAAAUCACACAUUUAGACGUUCAUCCUAAACAUACUUGGGAAUUGGCUUGGCUAUCUAUCGACAAAAAAAAUGAAAGAAAUCGAUUUUUCAACUCUUGCCACGAAAUCAAGAUUUUGCUCGAUUUUUCCUGACCGUCGCUCUUAAUUUACUUUGAGGUAAAAAUUAAUAUAUUCUCUUUUUCUGUAGAUCUGGUGCUUUACGUGGAACGAGAGGAAUGCGAGGAAAUGUAUCAACUUUUUCACAUCGAAGCAAGCGCUAAGUAUGAAUCCGGACAUUACCAGGAGGCCGUGCGUUUGUUGAAGUCGUGUCUUAAAACUGCUAAAAACCUUGGAGAAAGAAUUCCAGAAGGAGUGGCAUAUGCAAAUCUUGCUCGCUGCUAUUUCGACAUGGAAGAUUAUAGGAAAGCUAUAGAAUUCUAUGAACUCUCCAUGAAUUGUAUGGAAGAGUCAGACGAUAAGGAUUUUAAAGUUCACAUUCAUACGUGUCUUGGUGAUGCGCAUUUGAAACUUAAAAAUUUCAAGAAGGCCAUAGACAACUAUCAAAUUGGUUUACAAAUUAUCGAGGAAAUGGGAGAUGUUGCUAAAAAGGCAAACAUGUAUAAAAUUCUUAGUGAAACUUAUUCAAAAACUGGAGAUUACAAAUGGGACAUUCAUUACCAAGAACUGCGUCUUAAAGCUUCUAAAGAAAUGGGAGACAGAACUGCAGAACGCAACGCAUAUUUCCAACUUGCAGCCGCUUGUUACCAUAGCAAGGAUUCUGAGCGAGCAAUAAAAUUUUGUGAACUCUAUCUGAAUGAUAGUAAGUUAUCAGCAGAAAGAUCUGAGGAAGGAAUCGUAUGUUUAAUUCUCAGCAACGCCUGUCUUAAAACUCGUGACUUUGAAAGAGCUGUGGCCUACCGACAACGUAGUCUGGCUCAAUUAGGGGACAAGACAAGCCAAGGUAAGGCAUACAGUGAUAUCGGAAAUGCAUACCUCGAUCUGGGUGAUUCAAAGAAAAGUAUGGAAUGGUUCAAACAGCAUCUCCUCUUUGCAAAAGAAAAUGGCGACAGACCUGGAGAAGGACGGGCGUUGGCGAGUAUCGGUGUCACGCACUUGAAGCUCGGAAAUUUUAAGGCUGCAAUAAAAGACUUUGAACUGUGUCUAGAAAUUGCCAAAGAGAUUGGAGAAAAAACUCGAGAAGCAACUGCCCUUGAGGGUCUUGGCCUGGCACAUGACUAUCUCGGUCAUUUCAAAGCCGCUAUGGAGUUCUUUGAACUCCAGUUACAAAUAGCUCAAGAUCUUGGUGACAAGAUACUCGAAAGAAAUUCGUAUUGUAAUCUUGGAAAUACAUGUCUCCACCUAGGUAACUUUAAGGAAGCCUUGGUCUUCCAUACCCAACUAUUAAACAUUGUAAAAGAAUCAGGAGACAGGGAAGGAGAAGGAUUCGCAUAUAACAGUCUUGGUAAUGUUUAUUACAAGUCUGGAUUCUUGAGAGAAGCAAUUGAAAACCACGAGCGCCAGCUAGAAAUUGUCAAAGAACGGAGAGACAAAAAGGGGGAGGGACGAGUUUAUUGUAAUCUUGGGAACGAUUACAGAAGUAUUGGAAACCUGCAAAAAGCUAAACACUACUACGAACUGAAUUUAAAAAUUGCUAAAGAAGUUAAAGCAAUGACUUUGGAAAGAGGAGUCUACGCCAACCUCGGUAUUGUUUACCGCCAUAUGAAUGAUUUCGAAAAGGCAAUCGAAAACCACAACAAGAAUCUUGAAAUAUGCAAAAAAGUGGGAGACAGGCCUGGGGAGGGACGGGCUUAUGGCAAUCUUGGACUCGCUUAUGGUGAUCUUGGAGACUUAGAAAAAGCCCUUGAAUAUCACAAGCUUUGUCUUGAAGUUGCUAAGGAAGUAGAAGAUAAAGCUUGCGAGGGACACACGCAUGGGAACAUUGGCAUCACAUACCUCUUACUAGGUGAUUGCGAAAGGGCUUUACAGUAUGUUGAAUGUCAGAGGAAAAUUGCCAUUGAGGUUGGAGAUGAAAUAGGACAAGCAAUCGCUAAUUAUCAUGUCGGACGUGUCUUUGAGUCAAUGAAUUCUCUUUGCAAGGCUCUGCAUUGUUUUGAAUCCAGCGUAAGAAUCCUUAAUGAUAUGAGAACGCGUCUGCUAAAUGAUGAGUGGAAAAUUGGCCUGAGAGACGUUCAUAAAAUGGUUUAUGCGGAUUUGUGGGGAGUUCUGAUUAAUCAAGACAAGAUCACGGAGGGGUUAGUUGCUGCUGAAAAAGGACGCGCACAAGCCUUAAAAGACCUUAUGGAAUCGAAUUAUGGCUUGAAAACGGCUAAUGGUAGGCGCACAACGCAGGAAAUGUCAGAAGAUGACAUACUGAGCUGCAUUUCAUCAGUUGUAGUUUUUACAGCCACAUACAGCCACCUCAAUUGCCAUUGGGUGUUGCAAAAAGAGAGUGUUUGUCUAAGGAAACUAUCGAUUGAAUACGAUGUACAAUGGAUGCUAGAAGUUGCUCGUGAGAAGAUUGGCGUGAGAGACGGCGCACAGUGCGAGGAUCGGUCACUGGACAAGUUACGAAACAACGAAGAGGAAAGUGAAGGGUGUGUUCAGAGGCGUCCAGCUGCAUUGCUCAAUCAGGAUAAUCCUUUCAGAACAUUGUAUGAGUUGACUAUAAGUCCGAUCAUUGAUUUAAUUCAUGGCGAUGAGCUUAUCGUAGUGCCUGAAGGUCCCUUAUGGUUGGCCCCCUAUGCUGCAUUCAUGGACCCGAAUUCGAGAUACCUCAGUGAAUCAUUUCGAAUUCGUUUUAUUCCCUCUCUGCUCAGUUUGAAAAUAAUCUUGGAUUGUCCAGCAGAUUACCACGCAAAGAACGGUGCUCUGCUCGUAGGAGAUCCUUGGGUAGAGGAAGUUAAACUAAAGCAACUCCCGUGUGCAAGGAGGGAAGUGGAGUUGAUUGCUGAGAUUCUUCAUACUACACCCCUCAUUGGUACAGAGGCGACGAAGGAUGAGGUGCUUAAACAGCUCUCCAAUGUUGCACUAGUUCACAUCGCCGCUCAUGGUAGAAUGGAAACAGGAGAGAUUGCGCUGUCACCAAAUCCUACACGAGCAUCUGAGAAGCCCAGUGAUGAAGACUUUCUUCUAACAAUGAGCGAUGUGUUGAACGUCAGGCUGCGAGCAAGACUAGUUGUUCUAAGUUGUUGUCACAGUGGCCGUGGGGAGAUCAAGGCAGAGGGUGUGGUCGGCAUUGCAAGAGCUUUUCUUGGAGCUGGUGCUCGUUCCGUUCUGGUGUCACUUUGGGCCAUUGACGACAAGGCCACACUGGAGUUCAUGAAAUAUUUCUAUCAGCAUUUAGCGGAAGGAGAGAGUGCAAGUAAAUCUCUGAAUCAAGCCAUGAAGUUCAUGAGAGAAUCGGACGAGUUCAGCGACGUGAAGUACUGGGCACCGUUUGUUCUCAUUGGAGAUGAUGUCACUCUAGAAUGUCAGGGGAGCCACUAG